GCUCCCGGCACCUCCUACAUUUCCUCUUCCCUGCCGCUGUCUGGAGCUGAGAUCCAAAAAUGGUGCGCUACUCUCUGGAUCCAGAGAAUCCCACAAAAUCAUGCAAGUCACGGGGAUCCAACCUGCGAGUGCAUUUCAAGAACACUCGAGAGACUGCCCAGGCCAUCAAGGGCAUGCACAUCCGCAAGGCCACCAAGUACUUGAAGGACGUCACCUUGAAGAAGCAAUGCGUUCCCUUCCGGCGCUACAACGGGGGAGUUGGUAGAUGCGCCCAGGCCAAGCAGUGGGGCUGGACGCAGGGACGCUGGCCCAGGAAGAGUGCGGAGUUCUUGCUGCACAUGCUCAAAAAUGCAGAGAGCAAUGCUGAGCUCAAGGGUCUUGAUGUGGAUUCUCUAGUCAUUGAGCACAUCCAGGUUAACAAGGCUCCCAAAAUGCGCCGACGCACAUACAGAGCACAUGGUAGGAUCAACCCCUACAUGAGCUCCCCCUGCCACAUUGAGAUGAUCCUCACUGAGAAGGAGCAGAUCGUUCCCAAGCCAGAGGAGGAAGUUGCUCAAAAGAAAAAGAUAUCCCAGAAGAAGCUGAAGAAGCAAAAGCUAAUGGCUCGGGAUUAAAUCUGCUCUGACAGCUGUACAUAAAUAAAAUGAGAAAGUUUA